UCACAAUGUCCAGUAAGGAAUUGUGUCGCUUUUCUUGUGCUCUCUUUGCCAAGUUUCGGGAUUGAUCUGGCGAACUUGUGUCUCCAUACUCGUUUGAAGUGAGUGUUGGGCAACGUUCUCCAUCUUUCCCUCAUUUUUUGAUGACUUAUGCUCCGCUGCCGCAGCGCUCCCUUCCAUAAUACUUUUGGUAUUGGUAUAGUAGCACUUGAGUGGAGUCCAAGUUAUCAGAGCCUUUUUUGGCAAGAGAGUCAAGAACCCCCGGUUUACCCGGUGCUAUGGGAGAUCCAGGUUUGGACGGUGCACCCGGUCUGGACAUGCGAGGAUUACCAGGAAUGAGAGGAGAAGAUGGUGCUGAUGGAGAAAACGGAGAGCGAGGAGAGGCAGGUACCUCUGGAGCACCAGGAAUUAACGGUAUUGACGGUCUCAUGGGGGACGGAGGACUGCCCGGUUCCCCGGGACGAGCUGGUGUCCCUGGUACCCCAGGCCAGGGUGGAGAGCCUGGGUUAGGAGGAGCACCUGGUUCACCUGGUAGAGAUGGGUUUAACGGAGUGAACGGUCAGAAGGGUACAUCAGGAGUGAACGGUAUGCCCGGAAGACCAGGUUUGAGAGGAAUGGGAGGAACCCCUGGUUUGAGAGGAGCUCCAGGAGCACCUGGUACUGCUGGAACUGAUGGUACUCCUGGUGAAAGGGGACUUGAUGGCACUACUGGCUUAAAUGGACGAAAAGGUAGUCCAGGAGAAGAUGGACGGGACGGUAAAGUACGUUACGCUCAAAAGGGAGAAAGGGGAGACCCCGGUGCUGACGGAGCUCGGGGAGCACCAGGUGACGAUGGUUUGCUGGGAUCUGGGGGAAGGCCUGGUCUGGAUGGACUCGCUGGAAUGCCUGGACGACGUGGAGGCAGAGGAGAGCCUGGAGUUCCCGGAUAUGAUGGUCAACCUGGCCUGCCUGGAGAAUUUUCUUACAUCUAUCUCAAGAAGCACAAGGAACGUCCAGUGAAACUACAAAAAGAAAACGUGAAAGCACCAGGUCUAGAUCAGCAAGCGGAGAGAUACCUGACCAACCGAGUAAGAAAUCUAAAGCUACAAAAUGCUCCAUCUGUCAAAAGCACCAAGCAGGAUCAUGGCCAAAUCAAACCUCACAGCUAUUCAGAGUCUCUGAGAUGA